AUGCAGAAACUUGAUAGAGCAAUGAUAACGGUGUAUCGAGGGGGAAAAUCAUAUACAGGAGAAGAAAGCGCUGACAUUACUAUUCAUGGGAGUAUUGCGGGUAUACAGCGCCUGCUCUCUACUUUGUACCACGUAGGUUUUGCUGCAGCAGAGCCAGGUGAAUUCACAAAGAGGGCAUUUCUUAACGGAAAACUUGACUUAACACAGGCAGAAGCAGUUCACGAAGUAAUCCAAGCACAGAACAGCAGCAGUCACAUCGAAGCCCUAGAAAAGCUAGCGGGUUCUGUGUUUUCUUAUAUUGAUACUAUAAAGCAAGAUGUAUUACAGCUUGUAGCUGCAUGCCGCGUAAGCCUAGACUAUCCUGAAGAUGAGAUACAAGAGCGUAUUGAAUUUAAAACAGAAGACAUACAGAAUGCCAUCAACAAAAUUGAUGCAAUGCUUGCUGCGUAUCAGAUACAUAAAACAAGGCAAUCAACUCUCAGAAUAGUAAUAUGCGGUCAGACUAAUGUGGGCAAAAGCUCGCUUUUUAAUGCGCUUACACGAGAAGAACGGGCGAUAGUAAGCAGUACACAUGGGACUACGCGAGAUUUUCUUGAGUCUUCGUUUUCAUUGCGGGAUAUACCCAUUACGCUGUACGACACUGCGGGUAUUCGUAGCCUGACGCCUCAAGACAAAGACAGAAGCAUUGAAGAGGCUGGUAUCGAGCGAAGCAAAGAGCUUAUUGCCCAUGCUCAGCUCAUACUCUUUAUGGUAGAUAUGCACAGGGGGUGGACAGAGAAAGACACAGUUCUUUUUCAGGACAUGCUUGCCUUGCACGGCAAGGAAGACACUCCACCUGCAGUGCUUAUUGUGUAUAAUAAAUGUGAUCUCCUUGCAUCUCCCCCCUCCGAGGCAGUAUACACCACAAUACCGCAUGCUCUUAGUGCAUACAAGAACCCUAGUAGUACAGUGUGUAUUAGUGCAAAACAGUAUCGUAACAUAGACGUGCUACUUUCUAACAUAUAUACAGUACUUUGCAAAGAUAUGCCCAGUUCCUACGAAGGGCUUCCCCAGCUCUCUUCAGAACGCCAGAAAACACUACUCGAAGAAAGUAAAUCUGCGCUUGUAGAAGUAGCACGAGCACUAGAACACUCACUCCCGCUUGAUAUGAUAAGUUUAGACCUAGACCAGGCAUUAUCUAGUUUGGGUAAAAUUACUGGCGAAGUACUGGACGAUGAUGUGUUAGAUCUUGUUUUUUCGUCGUUCUGCGUUGGCAAAUAG